AUGCGCACGCAUCGCUGUUGUUCUGCUCGUAAUAGUCGGCUCUGCCUGCGGCGGCUUUGGUGUGUGGUCGGUCACACUGUGAACUCUGAGGGACACAAACCACAAGGUUUUGAUGACCCAGACCCUCCUCCCCCGCUCCCCGAGCCGCUAACUCCCCGCGGGUCUCCAGUCGGAGUGUGUCUUCUCGCCCUGGUUCUUCCUUUCGCGCCCCACAGUCUCUACCGAAGACCCAGCUGGGAGGGCGGCAGCUGCUCACUGCCCUGUAGAGAGGGGGCUGGGUGGAGAGACCGCGACUGUCCUCGAAUAAGAGACACAGUCUCUGUCCUAGCGGAGUUUACAUCACAAGCAAAAAUGCAUGCAUUUUUCAGCUAUGAGCAGCAUGGAGUGGUGGGAGAAGGAAUCUCUUUGUGUGUUUGUCUGCAUCACCCCUCAAGAAUGUAUGCAGGUAUCCAGCCUGAGGCUGAAGGGAACUGGCUCCCUUCUGGGAAUGCAGAGUUGAAGUCCAUGGUGACAGUCCCAGGUGGAGAGAUGCUGGCCCUGAAUAACAUGACCAUCUCUCUGGACCCCCAAAUCCUGACCCUGCAUGAACAAGAUAGAGAUGGUUCAAGGGCACAGGUAACCACCUUAGGAAGAGAAAAAUUUAAUCCUGAGGCUUCUCGCCAAAGCUUCAGAUGUUUUCCAUACCCAGAGAAAGCUGGACCCCGGGAGGCUGUGAACCAGCUCUGGGAACUCUGCCUUCAGUGGCUGAGGCCAGAGAUUCACACAAAGGAGCAGAUCCUGGAGCUACUGGUGCUGGAGCAAUUCCUGACCAUCUUGCCCAGUGAGAUCAGGAUUUGGGUGAAGUCACAGCAUCCAAAGAACAUUGAGGAGGUGGUCACCCUGGUGGAAGAUUUGACCCAAAUGCUUGAGGAGGAAGUUCCAAGUUCCCAAGAUUCUCCUCUUCUUCAAGAGGUUAGCACAGAGAAGGAUGGGAUGUCUGCUGUCUUACCAAUAGUCAGCUUUCAGGAAACCAUCACAUUCCAGGAUGUGGCUCCAGACUUCACUUGGGAAGAGUGGAUGCAAUUGGACCCUGGUCAGCAGGACCUCUGUAGGGAUGUGCUGAUGGAAAACUAUAGAAACCUGGUCUUUAUUGGACUUUCAGUUUCCAAACCAGAUGUAAUCUCCCAGUUGGAGCAUGGAGGAGUACCAUGGUUGAUGAAGAGUGAAGCCCCAAAAGGCAUCUGUCCAUAUUGGGACAUUGAACCUGAAGCGGAGUUCAUUCCAAUGUGGGGAACUACUGUAGACAAAUCAUCUCAGGAGACAUUAAUGGAAAGAACUAUGGGGAGUUCCUGGGACUCUAGACUGGAAGAAGCUUUUAAAUGUUAUGGUUCAUUAGUGAAGCAUCAGGGCCACCAGGAAGCACAUUUGAAGCAAGUAACAAUCACACGUGAAGAAACUUUAAGUAUGGAGAGAGGCUCUGAAAACAAUGAAUUUGGGGGAUGCUUUAGUCUGAGCUCAAUCCUAAUUACACAACAGAGAGUUCCUAUAGUAAAUCAGUCAAUCAACAAUCAUUUAUUAGGUGCUUACUACAUGCCAGGCACUGUGUUAGGUCGUGGGGACACAAGUAGAAUAAAUGAGACAAUGCCUAGUCUUUAUAGUUACGACACGCAUGGAAAGAGUUUCCAAGAUAAUUCAGAAUUAAAUAAAUGUCAAAAAAUCUACACAGGGAAUUAUAGAUUGAUGUAUAAUGAAUUUGGGGAAGCUUUCAGCCAGAUUUCACAAUUUAAUCUUCAUCAUGCUGGUCAUUCUGGAGAGAAACCCUAUAAAUGUAAUGAAUGUGGAAAAGCCUUUACCCAAAGGGCAAGCCUUACUCAACAUCACAGAAUUCAUUCUGGAGAGAAACCUUUUAAAUGUAAUGAAUGUGGGAAGGCCUUCACCCAGAGGGCACAUCUUACUCAACAUCUGUUUACUCAUAAUGGUGAGAAACCUUUUAAGUGUUAUCAAUGUGGGAAAGCAUUCAUUCAGAUCUCACAGCUAAAUAUUCAUCAAAGAAUUCAUUCUGGUGUGAGGUCCUAUAUUUGUAAUGAUUGUGGGAAAGCCUUCACACAGAGGACAAACCUUACUCAACAUCAGAGAAUUCAUUCUGGAGAGAAACCUUUUAAAUGUAAUGAGUGUGGGAAAGCCUUUACCCAGAGGGCACACCUUACUCAACAUAUGUUUACUCACAGUGGAUCCAAACCUUUUAAGUGUAAUGAAUGUGGAAAAGCCUAUAGCCAGCUUUCACAGCUUAAUGUUCAUCGGAGAAUUCAUUCUGGAGAGAAGUCCUAUAAGUGUAAUGAAUGUUCAAAAGUCUUUCCCAUGUGGGCAGAACUUACUCGACAUUUGAGAACUCAUUCUGGAGAGAAACCUUACAAAUGUAACGAAUGUGGGAAAGCCUUUACUCAAAGGGCAAGCCUUACUCAACAUCACAGAAUUCAUUCUGGAGAGAAACCUUAUAAAUGUAAUGAAUGUGGGAAAGCCUUCACCAAGAGGGCCCAUCUUACUCAGCAUCAGUUUACUCAUAGUGGAGAAAAACCAUUUAAGUGUAAUGAAUGUGGGAAAGCCUAUGGCCAAUUUUCACAGCUUAAUAUUCACCUAAGAAUUCAUUCUGGAGAGAGAUCUUAUAAGUGUAAUGAAUGUGGGAAAGCCUUCACCCAAAGGGCAAGCCUUACUCAACAUCAGAGAAUUCAUUCUGGAGAAAAACCUUAUAAAUGUAAUGAAUGUGGGAAAGCUUUCACCCAAAGAGCACAUCUAACGCAACAUCAAUUUACUCAUAAUGGAGAGAAACAUUUUAAGUGCAAUGAAUGUGGAAAAGCCUAUAGUCAGAUUUCACAGCUCAAUAUCCAUCGAAGAAUUCAUUCUGGAGAGAAAUCUUAUAAAUGUAAUGAAUGUGAGAAAAUUUUCCCCAAGUGGGCAGAUCUUAAUCGACAUCAGAGAAUUCAUUCUGGAGAGAAACCUUACAAAUGUACUGAAUGUGAGAAAGCCUUUACCCAGAGGGCACACCUCAGUCGACAUUUGCUUACUCAUAGCGGAGAGAAACCCUUUAAGUGCAAUGACUGUGGAAAAGCCUUCACUCAGAGGGCAUAUGCUCUUCAACAUCAGAGAAUUCAUUUGGGAGAGAAGUGCCUUACACCUAGUAGGAGCUUAAUAAACGUUUGUGAAUUGAAGUGAAUUAAAAUGCUUUCCUGAAAUCUAAAUAGCCUCUGAAUACUGCGGUGAUGUCAAACUCAAAUAGAAAUGGGAGCUCUGAUCUGUACAUAAGGGUCCCUGUGCCAGCAUAUUGACUUAGUUUUAAAAUGUAAUGUUAUCAAUGUGUUACUGUAUUUUUAUUUAUUUGGUUCAGUAUUUCCCAAUUACAUUUUGAUCUGGGUGCUACACUCCAGAGCAGGUUUAACACCUUUAGUCUACAGCAUUGUUAUGCUCUAAUAGUCUAGUUACCCUGUCAAAUAAAAAGUGCUUGAUAAAGCCACAUCAGUUUUUUUCUUUUUCUUUCUUUCUUUCUUUUUUUUUGCUACACCAGUUUUUAAUUAGUUUAACUUCCCAUAUCGGCUUAUGAACU